ACGUAACAACAACAACAACACAAGAAAAUAACAGUUUUAUUAUCACACGAUUGCGCGUUAUUAUUUUGAAAAAAGAAAAAUUGAAAGUGAGCGAAAAUUCGCUGAAAUUGGAACGGAAUAAAUUACAAUUUCGCGUUUACAUUUUUGCGGCUUUACGACACUUAAUAAUUCAUAGAACGAUAGAUAAAGGGUUCAGUCACUAACAUCGCGCCUUCGUAAUACUUUGGUCGGAAAAAAAAGUGAUAACUAAGGUAAACUAGAUUGACACAUCUUGGGUAUAGUUUAAAAAAUGAACAAGUUCGGCCGCUGCCUUGUAACAUUAAACCGCCAAUUCCGAACUUCCACACAAACUCGGACCCGAAAAAAGCCUUUUUCUCUUCGAAAUGUCACAAUUGUCGGAAGUCUGGCCUUUGGAGGUGGCAUUGCUGCUUCGAAAACUGACGAAAAAUACCUCAGUUUCGUCGGGGGAAUCCCCCGAUUCUGUCGCUCAAUAAAAACUGGUCUCCUCAUCUCCCUGGACUAUUACUUCUCCAUGCUCGGUUUAACCGAAUCUGACCCAAAUUACGAACUAAUGAUGAGCCGCAUCCACCAAAGAGCAGCCGAUCGCAUCCUCGCAGCAUGUCUCACAAACGGGGGGCCUUACAUAAAAAUGGGCCAAGGUCUAGUCUCCAUGUCCCACAUCCUCCCCAAAGAAUACACCAAAACAUUGAAAGCCCUCCAAGACAAGUGUCUCCCACGCCACCCCAACGAACUAGUCAAACUAUUCCAAGAAGAUUUCCAAAAAACCCCCGAUGAAAUUUUCGAAAAUUUCGACCCGAAUCCAAUCGCAGCAGCCAGUUUGGCUCAAGUCUACAAAGCCAAGACCCAAACUGGCGAAGAAGUUGCCGUUAAAGUGCAAUAUAUCGAUUUGCAAAAACGCUUUUUAAGCGACGUUGCCACAAUUAAAUUAUUAUUGAAAGUGGUGGGGAUGAUGCACCCGAAUUUUAACUUCGGUUGGGUGCUUGAGGAGGUUGCUGAUACGUUGAAACAGGAGUUGGAUUUUGUUAAUGAGGGGAAAAAUGCGGAAAAGUGUGCCAAAGAUUUGGAAAAGUUUGAUUUUGUUCAUGUGCCUAAAAUCUAUUGGGAUCUCACAAGCACGAGGGUUUUGGUGAUGGAAUAUAUCGAGGGUUGUAAGAUUAGCGAUGUUAAGUUUUUGAAGGAAAAAAAGUUUUCGUUGAAAGAUAUCAAUAAUAAGUUGUUUGAAAUUUUUGGGCAUCAGAUUUUUCAAACAGGGUUCGUUCAUGGGGACCCGCAUGCUGGAAACAUUCUGGUACGACGAGUUGAGGGCAAAACCCAACUAGUCCUCCUGGACCAUGGCUUAUACCAAAGACUAAAACCGCAAGAAAUGGUCGCUUUGAGCCACAUGUGGAAAGCCAUAGUAUUACAAGACCACGCACAAAUGAAAUUCUAUUCGAAACAAUUAGGAGUUGAAGAUUAUGUGGUUUUUGCCGAAAUUUUAACACAAGCGCCUUUGCGACGCCACAAAUUCAAAUUACACAUAAGAUUGACUGACGAAGAUUUGAAACACAUGACUGAAAUUGCAAGGACACGGUUUGAUGCUAUAAUGAAGGCUUUGAGGUUGAUGCCCACUUCUCUCCUACUUGUUAUCAGAAAUUUGAACACAAUCCGAGCUAUAGCAUACGACCAUGGCAGUCCCAUUGAUAGAUACACUGUUUUGGCAAGGGCUGCUACUAAAACAGCCCUUAAGGACGAAAGUUCGUCGAAAAAAUUCCUCAAAGCUCCGUUGAAAAUCUACUUCGAAGUUGUUUUAUUCUUAAAUAGGCUCAAUUUGUGGUUUAGAAAUGUGAUAUAUAAUUUAUUGGUUAGUUUAGGUUUGCUUCCAGAUUUGAAGCAAAUCAUUGUUGUUCCUCAGGUUUAAAAUAAAUUUAUUUGUGUUUUA